CAUUAUUAUAAAUCUUGAAACUCGUUCCUCAACGGAAGAGUUACUAAUGGAUAGCUAGUAAUUACCAACAGAAUUACCAAUAAACCAGAGGACAUAAGUUUAAGUUGAAAAGGGAAAUAGCGCCUGAGUAACAACUUUUUACAUUCUGAGCGUAGUGGUGUAUGGAAUAAACUGUGAAAGGAGGUAGUUGAGGCAGGUGCAAUAACAACAUUUAAAGGACACUUAGACAGGUUCAUGGAUAGGAAAUGUUUAGAGGGAUAUGUGCCAAACACGGGUAAAUGGGAUUAGUUUAGAUAGGGUAUCUUGCUUGGCAUGGAUAAGGGCCUGUUUCUGUGCUAUAUGACUGACUAUAUCAAGGUUUUUUUCCUUAAGUGUCUGUACAGUUUCAUAACAGGAGCAAGGGAACAGUUCGAAAAAUUAACAGAUAUUCAUAAAACAAUGGAGGAGGACUUUGAAGAGCUUGGACGUUACUUUGUCUUUGAUUCCAAGAAAACAUCUGUUGAAGAGUUCUUUGGUGAUCUGAGCAACUUCAAGAGUAUGUUUUCGCAAUCAGUUGCAGAGAACAAGAAACGGAAAGAGGCAGAAGAGAAAAUCAAAAAAGCUAAACUUGCCAAAGAGAAAGCAGAGAAGGACAGACAAGAGAAACUAAAGAAGAAUUCUAUCAUUGACAUAAAUUCAGAGGGUGAUGAGACGGGCGUGAUGGACAGUCUAAUGGAAGCCCUUCAAUCUGGAGCAGCCUUCAGGCGAAAGAGAGGUCCACGGCAAGCAGCCAAUCGAAGAGGCAACGCCAUGACAUCUGUUCUUGCCAAAGAGCUCACAGGGGAUGAUGCAAUUGGUCAGAUCGCGACUAAGAAGCCGAAGAUAAUGACAGAAGACAAAAAUGCCGCGGCACCAAUGGAACAAGGCGAGAUGCUGGAAGACAUUCUCACUCGCUCCAAUUAAACCCAUAGGAAGUAUCUGGAAUUUACAAUGCAGUGCCAUGAAGCCAAUUUUUUUUUUUUUGGUAUGAUGCUUGUUUAAACUCUGAACCCUGAAUGUGCUACAGUUGAAUUCUUUUUCUAGGCUACUUUUAUCUCAUCUGAAAACAUUCGCACUGGCCUGAGAGUGCACAAGUGUUUUUCUUUCUUUAUGUUGGGAAGAGCACAGAAUAAUGUCAAUGCAUAAUUACAUGUUCCAGUAUUGGUUUUGACAAUGCUGCAGUGCAGAUUUUUGUCUUGAGGAGGUGGUCUUAACAUGUGCAGGCUGCCUGUGAUUAUUUUCUAUUCUCUCACAUUGUAAACAUAUCAAUUAAUUUCCAUCAUCGAUGGGUUAUAUCCUUGACUAGUUACUGAGAUUUUAAAAUAUAUAUAUAUUUGCACACC